ACUGGUACCCUUUAACAUUUUCCAACACUGGCUGAGCACAUGGGCUCGUGCGGGUAAACAAAAACCCAAAACAAGGAAGCAACAUUUUCUUUUUUUCUGCGUCCUGGCAUUUUAUUAAAGCAACCUUCCUGGUAGUAUUCAGACAAGAUCAGUAAAGAACCGGACAUGACCAAGAAAAAGGCCCCAAAGAAGAAGUUGGAGAUAGUCUUCGACGAAAAGAACCGUCGGGAGUUUCUUACUGGAUUCCGAAAGAGGAAGAAUGAGAGACGAUCGCGGGCUAAGGCACAGUUGGAGAAGGACCUCAAGGAGGAACGCAAACGCAUCCGGCUCGAGGUGAAGGACGGAUUCAAGCACUUGAAGAAGUCGUAUGAGCCGCUGCGCGAACUCACCGAGGAGGACAAGGCCGAAGAUGGCCAGCAGAAGGCGCAGGAGGAAUCGUACGAGGACGAGGAGGUCCAGGUCAAGAUCGUGGAACUGACCACCAACGAUCUGGCGGCUCAGCGGAACAUGCUCGGCGCCAACACGGCCGAGGACAGCGAGGAGGAAGAGGAGAAGGAGUCUGAGAGCGAGGAGGACGAGGCCAGCCAAGCGAACAGAAUACCCGGCAUGGACUUUGAUCCCAAUGCAUCCCGGAAACGGAAAGCAGACGCACAGGAGGCGGAGGACGAAGCGGAAAAACCUAAAAAGAAUAAAUCCGACCCAGACAUAAAGAGUAAAAAGGACAUGGACCGGCUGAUGAAGACCAGGACCCUCAACAAGAUGCACAAGAGCAAGCUGUUUAAGCAAAAGGAGCUCCUGGACAAGAAGAACAACCAGAAGAAAGCGAAACGCGACCGCAACAAUACCAUCAAAAGCGUGCCCAAACACCAGCGUAAGAAGCUGAAGUUCGGAUUCAAAAAACAGCAGACCAAAUACCACAAAGGACGCAUGCUGAAUAAGAAGGAUUUGCGUAAGAAGCGCAGCGGUGGAGGCGGGCGCGGAGGCGACUGAGACAUUAUAGUUUUUAUAUUGAUCGUAGUUUGUGUUACGGUUUAUUUACUAUUACUCUAGUUGAUCAAAUAAACUGUUUUAUUUCUGGCUUGUACAGUAAUUUUGCUAAUGCGCCGGAUCUUUUCAAACUAUGGAUAUUCCAUCCAUAGAACAUA